UGUAGUGCUGCUGCCAGUUCUGCCCUCGCGUUUCACAUUUAACUCACAGUUCUGUUCUUAAGUAUGAACGAUGCAUUUUCUCAUAUUUUCAGUGCAAAGCCAUAUACGGGCCUGCAUAUAUGUCAGCUUGUCACACUAAUGGCCAUUUACUAGAGAUAAUGAGUGCUAAUGGAGGAACAGGGGGCCAAGAGGAUUGUACAGAUGUUGCCCCAAGUACAGCUGACAUCAGUGCGUGAUGUGGAGAAAAACGAGACAGGAGAGGCAGCGCUGGCAACACUGCGAGCAGCUCCGAGCGCUCGGUGCGAGGAGGGGCAUUGCCAGUUGUCGGGCAGUCUGCCGUACGAAGGCACGGAGAUGUGCUGCCCACCAGAAGCAUCAGCGCGGCUCAGUGCUGUAACAUGAGGCUCUGUGCACACAGGCAGCUUUUAAUAUCUGGAUAUCCAGGCCUCCUAUAAAAGUGACUGAGGAAAGAAUGAUGGGACAAGAAUCAGCGUUCAGAGCUGGACAUGGGCAACAAGCAAACCAUUUUCACUCCAGAGCAGCUGGAUGCAUAUCAGGACUGCACAUUCUUUACAAGGAAAGAAAUUCUGAGGUGAGUCUUGUGUGUUCUGUGUGUAAAAUACAAAGAUUGCUACAAAAUAGAUUAUAUAAAAGAUGAAGUACAUUUAAAAGUAUUUUUAAUGCAUUUAUACAAAAUUGAAGUCAUACAUUGGACAAUGUGAGCUUUUUUCUUUUUUUUUUUUUAAUGUACAAAAACUACCUAUGCAGUCUAUCAUAAAUGAAUCCAGAGUUUCAAAUUUUCUGUGAAGGUAACAUCUCUAUACCAUAACUAUAACAAGGUGUAUUCUAGUGUAUAUUUUGCUGCUGACACCCAUGUGCCCCUCAUUUCGUUUUAGGACAAGUGCUUCAAAGCGUCCUGUUGUACCUCGGGACAUGUUGCCUGUUUUAAGAAAUCAUGAAUGAUUGUAUCAAAUUUUAUUCACAUUUCCUUCAUGUAAAUAAUCAGCAGCAGUUACUCGGAGGCGCUUUUUUCUCAAAGCCUUUGUGAACUUCAUCAAGUGCUGCGUUCAACCUCUGGCCAAAGGAUCUGGUGUUCUGUUCCUAUAGGACUAAGACUUUUCACUGAAAACAACUCUUUGGUUUCUGCACCUCUCAAGCAGUCAUCAGGCAUUGCUUGCUAAUUUCUCUGAAGCAUGGGGUAUGAAUGACAAUUUUGUACAGAAUAUCCCCCUUUAGAACUUUGAUGUCUGUGUAUGAAUUAAAUAUUGAAUAAAAUACAAAAGAUUCUGUAAUAACUGAAAUUUAAAUCUGCCUUUCCUUGUAGUAAGUAGAUGCCAGAGCCAUAAGUGUGUCAUGAAUAAGACAUUUAUUAUUGAUAAGAACCCCUUUUAAAAUUCUAACCUAUUGUUUUGUUGAUAACAGCUAUGAAUGGGAUCUUCACACACACAAAGGGAUGAGGAAAAUAGCAAGCUGACAAAGUGCUGAUACAUUCAGAUGACUGUGCAUACAUUCUGUCUCCCGAACCUGACCGCUAUGGAAAAAAUAGAGAUACCUGUGGUGAAUGAAAACCUGUUAAUCUGUUCUGAAAGCCCGAGGGCUUUGUGUUUACCACCAGUUUCACUGUGCUGCUUUUUUAACGUUGUCUCUUCCACUGACGUCAACUACAGAGUACAAUAAAUGUUAUUUAGGGACUGGUUCCAUCCUGGCAAAGGAUGCAGAGUGUGAAGAACAGGUAAGGCAAACAGUCGUUCUCAGAGGUCUGACAGCUUGUUCCCUCAGCCAGCCUUUCUCUCUUCCAGGCUGUUCCACAGAUACCGAGAUCUGGCCCCGCAGCUCGUCCCACUCGACUACACCAGCAGGCCCACGGUGACACUUCCCUACCAGCUCAUUGGCAGCAUGCCGGAGCUGAAGGACAAUCCGUUCCGCCAGCGGAUCGCAGAGGUUUUCUCAGAGAGCGGAGAUGGCAAUAUGACUUUAGAUGACUUUUUGGACAUGUUUUCUGUGCUGAGUGAGAUGGCUCCCAGAGACCUGAAAGCUUAUUAUGCUUUUAAAAUUUAUGAUUUUAACAAUGAUGAUUACAUAUGCAAAUCAGACUUGGAGAAAACUGUGAACAAAUUAACCCGCAAUGAACUCACCCCAGAAGAAGUCAGCCUUGCAUGCGAGAAGGUGAUUUAUGAAGCUGAUCUGGACAACGACGGAAAGCUUUCUUUGGAAGACUUUCAGCAUAUGAUAAUUCGAGCUCCGGAUUUCCUCAGCACAUUUCACAUUCGAAUCUGAACGUAGCAAAACAUAAAGAUGAGAGCGCUGCUUCUUGAACAGUUUGGAAGUGGAACCAGUCACAGAACUCACCUUAAAAGGAAAAGUUCAUCUUUAUUGAAUUUUCCCUGUCACUCCACAGCAGUGUUUCUAUGAAAUUGCCUGUUCCCACCUUCUUCCCUCACCAAAGCAGUGAUGUGGAAAAAAAUGUGUUUUUUAAGCUGGGGAACCACCAGGUAUGGGGCUGUAUGAAAUUACAGCUUCUUAAACAAAGGCCCUAUGAAAAUACCCCUAUAUCCAUUAAAAACCCCAUGUUAUGGA